AUGAUGCAGCUGGGCCGACGUGCUGGUCACAUGAUUCUAGUCCUUUGUGCCAUGGCCUUGUGGGUGGAGUCUGUCAGGGGCGGGUCUAGCUUCCUAAGCCCCGCUCAGAAACCACAGGGUAAAGGAGGGCGUGCAUCACCUCGAGUAGGCAGAAGAGACGCAACACAGCCUGAGACUCCACUGUUACAGGACAACCAGAUCACGGUGAGUGCUCCGUUUGAACUGGGCAUUUCCAUGAGUGAGGCAGAGUUUGAGGAGUAUGGGCCUGUCCUACGGAGGAUCCUGUUUGACGUACUUGGUGAUGCGCCUGCCGCAGUAUAA